UCCCAACUCCAACCACAUACGUGCCCUAUAAAUACACAAUCACUGACGCAAACCAUCACCACACACAAAUCAAAUCAUUUCUGAUCAUUUCAUCUCAAAGACAAGAGUCCAUUUCCUUGAAAGGCAGGUAGCCACCAUGAUCAGUUCCAAGAAGCUAGCUCAACUAUCCAAGAAGUGGCAGGGAAUGGGUGCAAUUGGGAGAAGAAGGGUCACAACUGUGGAUAAGGAGAUCAACCCAUCUUGCAGCAGCAUAGUUGCAGGGAAGGGCAACUGCAUAGUCUACUCUUCCGAUGGGAAGCGGUUUGAGAUCCCCCUUGCUUACCUCCAUACGACAGUCUUUGCAGAGCUCCUGAAGCUGUCGCAGGAAGAGUUUGGGUUCACAUGUGAUGGGAGGAUCACACUGCCUUGCGAUACAGCAGUGGAGUAUGUGAUGUGUUUGCUAAGGAGAGAAGCCUCCGAAGAUGUUGAGAAGGCGCUCCUCAGUUCCAUAUUGAUGCCCUGCCACCACCCGAGCAGGAUGGUGCAGCCACCCAGUGGGAUGAACCAGCAAUUUGCCGUGUGCAGCUCCUGAAGAUGAAGACGUCCAGGGCUUCGAGCCUGUUUCCUCUCUUUUUUUCACCUUCCAUCUUUUUUUUCCCAGCUGUACCUUGGAGCACGGUUUUUGUGCAACGUUUUUCCAAUGGUACACUGUGGAUGUGCAGAUGGAUGCAUGUAUAAAAAAUCACACUGUGAUUAGAAAAGAAGGAAUCAAGCUCGCCCUUGAAACAACAAAGUAUUGUUUAUUUAGAUCGUGUAAAAGAUGUUCAAUGAUGUUGGCAAGUAAAAUAAGAGUUGACUGAUGCUGCGCUCUAGCACAUCAGCGCAUUCAUAAA